AUGAAAAAAAAAAGAAGAAGAUUACUGCCUAUAAAACUGCAUGCACUGCAGAGCAUCGAGGAGAAUUACGACGAACGUCAACGAGAGCACAUCGUAGGAGCGCUAGAAGGAAGCAGUCGAACCGAGCCAUCCCGACCCAUCAGCAAGAAGCAGCAGCCGGCAAGCCAGCCGGAUCGUAGCUCAUUCAACGAGCGCUACUGCACCGGCAAGCCAGCCGAAUCGGAGCAGCAGACGGCAAACCAGCCGAACGGGGCGCAUCCAGCCCAGCAGUCGGUAAGCCAGCCGAAUCGAAGCAGCAGCCGGCAAGCCAGCCGGAUCGUAGCUCAUUCCACGAGCAGCCGGCAAGCCAGCCGAAUCGAAGCAGCAGCCGGCAAGCCAGCCGAACGGGGCGCAUCCAGCCCAGCAGUCGGUAAGCCAGCCGAAUCGAAGCAGCAGCCGGCAAGCCAGCCGGAUCGUAGCUCAUUCCACGAGCAGCCGGCAAGCCAGCGAAUCGAAGCAGCAGCCGGCAAGCCAGCUGAACGGGGCGCAUCCAGCCCAGCAGUCGGUAAGCCAGCCGAAUCGAAGCAGCAGUCGGUAGUAAGUCUACCGAACGGGGCGCAUCCAGCCCAGCAGUCGGCAAGCCAGCCGAACCAAAGCUCAUCCGUCGAGCCAUUCCGACCCAUCAGCAAGAAGCAGCAGCCGGCAAGCCAGCCGGAUCUAGACGUCAAACAGCCAGCGAACCGAGGCGCAUCAAACCAAGCAGUCGGCAAGCCAGCCGAACCGAGGUUCAUCCGUCGAGCCAUUCCGACCCAGCAGCAAGAAGCAGCAGCCGGCAUCCGCAUCGUAGCUCAUUCCUCGAGCGCUACUGCAGUGAGUUUUUAA